AUGAUUCGUUGUACUACGAGUUCUACCAGAUCAGAAGCAGUUGCAAUGCAGGGCUCUUCUGGUACCCACCGAAAUAAGCAAGCACGCUUCCUUCGAAGGUUGACUGAACACAGGGAGAGGCAGAUCCAUGAAAACCAAGCUGGGUUCCGUCCUGCAAGAGGUUGCAUCGACCAUAUCUUCACCCUCCGACUGAUUCUGGAACAGCGACACUGCUUCCAGCAACCAACAAUGGUUGUUUUUCUUGAUCUGAAAGCUGCCUUUGACUCUGUGGACCGCCAAGCACUAUGGCAGUCUGCCAUGCCACUCGAAGGAAGCACGAGGGCUUGGAUACUACAAGGUUGCCCAAACCUGGACAGAAGUCGAGAGGCAGAGGUCGGGUUCGAAACACGGACCUUCCAGUCAGUAAAUCUGCGCUCUAACCAGAUUGAAAUUAGUGAGGCGGAAGUACCUAGGUAG